CGGGGGCAGACAACAAGCUGGGCUGGGCCUUUGGUUUGGGUCUGGAGAGACUGGCCAUGAUUCUGUACAGCAUCCCAGACAUCCGGCUGUUCUGGAGUCAAGAUGAACGUUUCCUCCAACAGUUCAGAGUUCAGGACAUCAAUCAGCCCAUCUGCUUCCAGCCUCUCAGCAGGUAUCCUGCGCUCUACAACGACAUCUCCUUCUGGUUACCGGACACCAGAGACAGCCAGCCGGACGAACAGAGCUUCACUGACAACGAUUUCUACGAGUUGGUGCGAUCAGUCGGAGGAGACCUGGUGGAGAAGGUCUCCCUCGUGGACACCUUCCAACAUCCGAA